AUGACAGAACUUCAACCCCGGGGCACCUACAUCUUCUGGUCCUACGUGCCAUCUCUCGGAGCAGCAGUCAUCUUCCUACUGCUCUUCAUCAUCCUCACCGGCUUGCACACCUGGAAGCUAUUCACCACCCGAACCUGGUUCUGCAUAUCCUUCACCCUCGGCGGAUUGUUCGAAGUAAUCGGCUACAUCGGCCGCGCCGCCGCCCACAGCAACACCACGACCAUGGGCCCGUACAUCGUAUCAAACAUGUUCAUCCUCCUCGGCCCGACCCUCUUCGCCGCCUCCAUCUACAUGACCCUCAGCCGGAUCAUCCGCUCCGUGCACGGCGAACACCUCUCCGUGAUCCGCAUCUCCCGCCUCACCAAGACCUUCGUCUGGGGCGACAUCCUCUCCUUCAUCGUCCAGGGUAAUUCCUCCUCCCUUUCCGUCCUGGGAUACCCACUCUACGGCAAGAUCUGCGUUCUCGUGGGUCUAGCCAUCCAGCUUCUCUCGUUUGCCAUCUUCUGGCUCACGGCCGUGGUGUUUGGGAAGCGGAUCCGACGCGCGCCGACGAGGGAGUCGUUGAAUCGUGAUUUGCCCUGGCAGCAGUCGCUGCAGAUGUUGUAUGUGGUGAGUUCGUUGGUUUUGGUGCGAUCGGUGUUUCGCAUUGUCGAGUAUGUGUUGGGGGAUGAGGGCUAUCCGUUGCGGCAUGAGUGGAUGAUGUAUGUGUUUGAUGGCGUGCCCAUGGUGGUGGUUAUGCUGGUGUUUUAUCUUUGGUAUCCGAGUCGGUUGCGGGGGUAUUUGGAUUUGGAUACCAGUGUGCCGCUGACGGCGACGACGGGGUAUAAUGGGGUGUGAUUGGGUUUUGUUUUGGGUUGUGUUUAGUUCGGUAUGUGUUAGCACUGGAUGCUUGUUGACGAUUUUGUUUUCGGGUAUUUGGUUGUUUAACGGUGUAUGACGUUUCAUCUCGUAUGAAUCCUAGAAAGAAAUGUAUA